AUAUCUUCUUCCUCCUCUUACAUUUUUCCCCAAUCUCGUUUUCUACCUUAAUCUCAUCAACUCUUCAAAUUUCAACACUGAAAAUCAAACAUAGUCGAUUGCAUACACUGCCAAUUCGCUCUCUAUGAUGCAAUGUCACGCGGAACCCUAGAUUCACUUCACGCCAUUGAAUCUUGCGCCUUUCAGCUCCUCAGCUGGAGGCCCUUCGCCAGAAACCUCGACUCCGAUUCCCCCAAACACUACGCCGCCAAUCAUGGACCCUACAGCAAGCGCCCUUGCCGCGCCGACCGCGCCACUUCUUCGUUUUCCAUAGAUGCCAUCCUCGACAUGUCAAAACUCAGCCUCUUUGAUGACGAUAGGCCCCUCUCGCUUUCCGCCGCCCGGAAACGCUGGUUCGCCCGUAAGCGCCGCCGACGUGGUGGGUCGAGGUCAGUGUCCGGCCGGAGCUCCGAUCGCAGGUGCUGCUCCGUCGGCGCGUCUGCGGCAAAUGGAACUUGCUCUGAUUUUCCUAUGGUUGCGGGGGGUACGGAUUCGAGCGGGGAGUUAUUUGGGGAUCCGAAUUGGGCGUCCGAUGUGAGCGACCGGAACUCCAGGAGAGAGAGGGAGGGGAGUGGGGGUGGGGAGAGGGAGCAUGUGAGUGCUGGGUGCGGGGGGCAGUUUGGGAAUUGUGACAGUCAGGGGAAUGAAUCGGGUUACGGGAGUGAACCGGGCUAUCGAGGGGAUGCUGAGCUCGGGUACGAUGAUGAGGAAGAGGAUGAUCCGCGAGUUUUGUUUUGGGGGGACGAAUUUGGAGAAAGCUCACCACCGAGGCCGUCGUAAGAAACAUGAUCUGAGAAGUGAGAAUUGUUGAUAACCUAAGGUAGCGACUCCUUAUGCUAAUAUCCAGAGUUUUGCUGUGUAUCAGAGAGUCUUGAUCUUGUAUCGGAAGGGUUUUGCCCCAAGAUUCAUCCUGUUCUGGAAGGUUUCCUCAUGUAUGAGCGCUGCAUUCUGAAGGAUGAGCAUUUUCCUGAAUGAUGUUGAUUCUAACAAAAACCACUGCAAUUUGAGCUGUAUAUGUUAGUGUGAUUGUAUUUGAGUGCAAAAAGCUAGUAUAUCCCUCCCGAGUUUCUGGAUUAUGUUGUAUACUUAAAUUAAACCUAUCAUCAGAAAAGCCAAAGCGGACUCUAGAUUUGCUUCAA